ACGUGCUUCUGCCUUUUUAAAAAAAAAGGAGUACUUAAUAAAAACUGUACGUUUUAUUAAAAUGGGCAAGGAUAGAGGUAGAGGCAGAGGUCGUGGACGUAAUUUUCAGUCAAGGCCAUACAACAAAAACAAUUGGCGGGCUCAAAAGAAAGAUCAUGGCAGACAUAGCAAUGGCAGUAGCAGUGGACACAGCAACAGGGCUCCGCAACAGAAGUGUACGCUGCUGGAAAACCAAGUGGGCAUUACCGAAUUCACAAACUCGGAGCUAGCCGGCUUCACUGGCAUUGUAAAGUCUCGCUUCUCGGACUUCCACGUUAAUGAAAUAGAUGUGGCGGGACAACUAAUGCAGUUAAACGACUUGAAUGUACCCAAAAUGGUAGUUGAACCUGUGGAUGCCACAGAACUGAACGAAUGGCGUCUCAAACUGCAGUCGGUGAUAGAUGAACAGAUGUGGCAGCAGAUUGCCGACUUGGCUGCAGCGAAAUAUGAAGCGGGCACCGAGCAAAAGAUUGAGAUUGAUGUAAGCAAUCUGGAUAAAGAGCAACGCACCCAAAUUCAUCAGCUGGUCAAGCAACUCUAUCAAAGCAAGUUGGUAUCUACAACACUAAGUCAGCAGGCUCUGCCAACAGCAAUGGAAGAGGAGCAGCUAGCUGGUGGGGAUAAAAAAAUUUUGCGGAUCUCAAAACCAAAGCCAGGACGCGGUGACAACCGCUGGAGUUUUCCGGCGGAAUUUGUACAUUUUGUGGUGCACAAGGUCAAUAUGGAUACCAGUGAGGUUGCUGCUACACUUGCCAGUCGCUUAAAUCUGCGUCCUUCGCAAGUGAACUAUUGUGGUACCAAGGAUAAACGUGCGAAGACCACACAGAGCAUGUGCGUCAAGCGUCGCACGCCGGAUGCCAUCGUGCAUGCGUCACGUUGUAUGCGUAAUGUAUACGUGGGCAACUUUAGCUUCAAGCCGCACACACUCAAGCUGGGGGAGCUGCAGGGCAAUCGGUUUCGUCUGGCAUUGAGGCACAUCACAGAACCGCGUGAGCAUAUAGAGUUGGCUCUGCAGUCACUUAAAGCGCGUGGCUUUAUCAAUUAUUAUGGACUACAGCGUUUUGGCAACAGCGCCUCAGUGCCCACAUAUGAGGUGGGAGUAGCUUUGCUAAAACGCGACUUCAAGCAUGCCUGUGAGUUGAUACUGAAGCCACGUGACAAUGAUAUGGAGUUCAUGCGCGUCAUACGUGAAGCUUGGUGGCAGGAUCGGGAUUCCGUAGCGGCUGCUGCCAAGUUUCAUGAUGACAAGUUCAUUGAGAAGAAGCUGCUGGAUGGACUGGCCAGCUUUGGUGAACAUGACUAUGCAGCGGCGUUGCGUCGCAUACCUAGGAACAUGUUGCUGCUAUAUCCACAUGCCUAUCAAAGUCUCAUUUUCAAUCGCAUUGCCUCGCGUCGCAUUAAAGAAUUCGGACUGAAGCUUAUACCAGGUGAUCUCGUGUAUGUGGAAGAACAGCCGCUACAAAUAGAGCAACAAGCAUCUGAAGAGCCAGAAGAUGAGCCAGAGGAUGACAGCUUGUUGGAAGAGGAGUCCAUAUUUAAGCGUAAGGUGCGUGCGCUUAGCGACGAAGACAUUGCCAGCGACAAGUAUAAACUAUCAGAUGUAGUGCUGCCGCUGCCAGGCUACGACAUUACCUAUCCCAGCAACGACUGUGCUGCCUGGUAUGAGCAAAUGCUUGCCGAAGUGGGUCUUUCCUCGGAACUAUUGCGGCACAAGGAUAAGACAUAUGCCUUGGGUGGGGCCUAUCGAAAAUUGCUUAUACAGCCCAGCGACUUAAAGUGGAGCUUCCGCAGCUAUAGCACGCCAGAGGAUACACUGAUAGCCUCCGACUGGGAGCAGCUAAAAAACAUUCCGAUUACAGUAGAGCCUUCAGAGACGGAGGCAAAGUAUACAGCUCUUCUGUUGGAAUUCUCCCUGCCCACGGCUGCCUAUGCAACAAUGUUGUUGCGUGAGUUGCUCAAACAGGACACGUCGACAGCUAGGCAAAUGCAGCUGGAGCAGCAGGAGAUAAGCAAAAAUCCUAUGCCAGAUGCAAUUGAAGAGAAAACUACAGAAACAAUUGAAUUAAUAGCGGAAACAACAGAAGGAGUGCAGAUUGAGAGCAACUAACAGAGUUAAUUAUACAUAUUCUAAACAUUUUUAUUUAAUUAAA